CUUAACCCCCUAAUAUUACACCCAUACGACGUCGUUUCCCAACCCACUCCCAGCAUCCAUCAUUAUCUCCAAAAAUCCCCAUUGAAAAACAAACACAAAAUUAAAAGAAAAAAAGAUGGAAACUUUAUCAAUUCCCUCAAUCUCAUCUUAUCAAAGAACAGCAACAACAACAACAACAACAUUAUUCAAAACAAAACAAUUAUACCAAUGUUCAUUUUCUCCCAUUUCAUUCCCACCUUCCAAUUUUUCAACAUUAUUAUUAUCAAGACCAACAAACAAAAGAACAUUGUCAAAAUCAUCUUCAUCUGAAGAAACAAAUGUGUCAACAACUGAUGAUGAUGAUGCUGAAUGGGUCAAGAAUUUGCCUGAUAAAAAGAAACCAUUGUAUUCACAUAGCUUACCUUGUAUUGAAGGAUGGUUAAAAAAUGAGUUGGGAUUUAAUCAAAGUAAUGAAGAUAGAGCUGUUUGGUUUGUUGAGAAAUCUGAUUGGCAUGCUAAGUUGUCUCUUGAUGUUACUGACCUUUAUAUCAGGUAUCUAAAAAGUGGGCCAGGAAAUUUGGAUAAAGAUGUCGAGAGAAGAUUUAGCUAUGCAUUAAGCAGAGAAGAUAUUGAGAAUGCUAUACUUGGAGGACCUUAACCGACACCGCUUAGGAUCACCCUGUGGGUAAAUUUGAAGAAUACAUUGCACAAUUUCUGACUCUUUUAGUUAUUUUUGUAUCAUUAAUAUUGUAUUGGGGGUAGAAAUGUAUACUUGUUUUUGUUGAUGACAAAAAGCGAACAAAUUAAGCACUGAAAAGUUGAAUUAUUUAGCAGCUCCUUUGCAUAAUGAUUUUUGUGACAA